UUCUCGUUUCUCUCUCUCUCACUCUACUGCGUUGCAGACAGAGUUGCAGUUGUCAAGAAAAAUGGCGACGGAGGGAAAGAGCCUCGGCGAUAUUACGGAGAUGGAGGACUUGAUAAAGAGAGCUUGUCCUCUGGCCCUGAAGGCUCAUAAGGCUGCUACUGCUACCACCUACUACACUCGCAACGUACAUGCCAAAGAAGUCAUCUUUGCCUUCUCCGGUUCAUGGUCAGUCGACGAGUGGUUUGCUCCUGAGCACCCUUUUGCAGAAUCAAAGCUCGUCCUUGAGCUCUUCCCUUUUCUUAGAAGCAUCGGAAACGAUGAAACCGCCGUCGUUAACGCAUCAUUUCUCAGUCGUUUCCAAAAAGUUUUGCAGACUAAUGGGUUUCGUGACGAGGUGAAUAAAGCUUUGAGUCAGGAAAAGCAAAUUGUGUUUACCGGGCACUCGUCCGGCGGUGCCAUCGCCGUCCUUGCUACCAUCUGGGUACUAGAACAUCAUAUACGACGAAAAACUGAUCAAAACCAGAACCCAAAUCAAAACCAGAACCCAAAUCAAAACCAGAACCAUGUUCUUCCUCGAUGUGUCACCUUUGGAUCCCCCCUCGUCGGUGAUCGUGUUUUCGGGCACGCUCUCCGGCGAGAGAGGUGGUCUCACCUUUUCGUUAAUUUCGUCACGAGAUACGACAUUGUUCCUCGUCUCUUACUUGUCCCUCCUUCAUCCAUUCAACGGGAAAAGCUACAGACAAUUCUUGAUUCCAUCAAGACAGGGCCCCAAAAAAUUACUAAAGAAUCAGCAACAGAUUUCUUUAGCACUGUGAUGAGGAAUGCCUUGUGCGUCGCAAGCCAUGAUGCCUGCUCGCUCAUGGGGUGCACCGAUUUGUUGCCGGGGGCCAUAGCCGGCUUCAUUGACCUUAGUCCAUACCGACCUUCUGGAACCUAUGUCUUCUGUAUGGGCAACGGAAAACUGGUCGCCGUGAAGAAUCCAGAUGCCGUUCUGCAAUUACUCUUCUACUUCCUCCAGCUGAACCCUGCACAGGCCGUCGAUGAUGUUGCUGGGAGAAGUCUCAAGGAACAUCUGAUGUACAAGACUGAAUUGCAGGGAAGCCUGGCAAAGCCACACUUGGUCAAUCUAGAUCCUCCAAUUUCUUCAACAAAUGCUGACACAGUUCUGAAUGAUCUUGGGUUGAGCACGAAGGCAAGGCUGUGCCUCUGCGCAGCAGAAGAGUCGGAGAGGCAGAAACUAGAAAAGCAAAAGAAGAUCGAGGCUAACUGUGGAAAAAUCAAAAUAGCUCUCAGGAAGCUGAACAAUUAUCGAUCCAAAUGUGAGGUACAUAAGGUAGGCUACUACGAUUCGUUCAAACGCCAAGAAGGCGAAAAAGAUUUCUUGGCCAAUGUGAUCAGGCUCGAAUUAGCAGGGAUGUGGGAUGAGAUUAUCGAGAUGCUAAAGACGUAUGAACUGCCUGAUGACUUUGAGAUUAAGCCGGAUUGGGUUAAGCUGGGGACGGAGUUCCGACGCCUUGUGGAGCCUCUGGACAUAGCCAAUUUCUACCGGCAUUCGAAGAACGAUGACACCGGUGCGUACAUGAAACGGGCUAGGCCAAAGCGUUAUAGGUACACACAGAGAUGGCUUGAGCAUGUCGAUAGGAAGGGAACAGGAGACUAUUCCGAGUCCUGUAUCUGGGCCAAGGUAGAGGAGCUCUGCCUUGCUGCUGCUGCCGGAGGAAAACCUCCUCAAGAAGUGAAACUCAGGGUGGUGGAAUUGGAGAAAUUAAUUUCAGUUGCAGAGAAAAAUAAGCAGUUAAGUAAGGAUAUGUUCUUUGAUGAAUCUACCCUUGUCAAGUGGUGGAGAAAACAGGACCCUGAGAUCAGGUCGGUGGCUACCAUUAUUGCAGGACUCGUGGAUGGCAGAGGAAAAGAUCUUCCUUCUGCCUGUUAGAUCCGUUAAUCGUAGUACAACCAUUGUAGUCAAUUAAUGAUGUUGUUCAGGUUAAAUUCUUGUUCAGAUGGAGAGUGUCGAACUUAUGUUACUACUGUAUCACUUUAAGUCAUUGGUUUGAACCUUGAGUGUUAGAAACGAUCUCAUGAAGCCAGUGCCACUGAUAAUCUGGUAUGUAAGUUUUAAUUCUAUGUAUCAAAUGAGCUAGUUCUGAAA